AUGUUAAAGCAGCGAAAACAGCGCUUAAUCGUACCGAAAAUGGAUCCCAUAAACAGGAAGCAGCCAAAAAACAUUGCUUUCUACGUGUCAUUCAAUCGGCUUGUGGGUUUGUACAACGGUCAAGACGAAUUGCACCAUACGUUCGAGAAGCAUGGUGAACGAGAUAUAAAAGAAGCCUUUUCGCGGAUUGGUAGAGCACUGUGA